AUGCGCGCGCCCAUUCAGAUGACGCAUGACAACACUGCUCUGACUGUCAGCGAGAAGGAGGCUACGCGCGUGGAAGAGGAUGCGAAGCGCCGACUAUUGGCAGGGCGGAAACUUUCGCUGGUGGUUGAUCUUGACCAGACGAUUAUUCACGCGACCGUCGACCCGACUGUUGGCGAGUGGAUGGAGGACAAAGACAAUCCGAACCAUGAAGCGCUGAGCGACGUCCGAGCGUUUCAGCUAAUUGAUGAUGGCCCUGGGAUGCGUGGCUGCUGGUACUAUGUCAAACUACGACCAGGGCUAGAGUCAUUUUUGCAAAACAUCUCCGAGAUGUUCGAGCUGCAUAUCUACACGAUGGGAACUAGAGCCUACGCGCAGCAUAUUGCUAGUAUCAUAGACCCAGACCGGAAGCUGUUUGGCGACCGCAUCCUCAGCCGUGACGAGAGCGGGAGUUUAACUGCCAAAAACCUCCAUCGGCUGUUCCCCGUGGACACAAAGAUGGUCGUCAUUAUCGACGACCGCGGGGACGUAUGGCGGUGGAGCCCUAAUCUUAUCAAGGUUUCACCGUACGACUUCUUCGUUGGCAUUGGUGACAUCAACUCGAGUUUCCUGCCGAAGAAACAAGAGCUGGGGCCGCCGCCAGAAGACAAGCCGACGAGCGCGCCCGCCGAACAUCAUGUGAAUGGAUCUACUGAGAAAGGCGAUGGGUCAGAGGUGUCAACAUUGGAACAGCUGGUGACUAUGGGUGGUGGAGAUGACCCGCGGUUACUGCAAGAGCAGAGCGAUGCGCAGGACGAGACCAUCAUGCAUCAGGUUGAGGAUCGUCCGCUAUUGCAAAAGCAAAAGGAGUUGGACGCGGAAGACGACUCGAUUGAAACUAGCGAUUCUUCGAGCAUGGACGAGUCGCCAGAUACGGCUCGACAGCGGCAUCAUCUGCUGGUGGACAAUGACCAGGAACUUAUUCAGCUAGCAGAACGACUGGAGCAGGUGCAUUCCCAGUUCUUUGACCAGUAUGACAAGAAACGAGCUCGAGGCCUAGGAGGGCGAGUCGCUGCUCUCCGAGGAGAAAAGGCCCUGUCAAAAGAGAAAGAUGUCGACUUGAAGCUGGUACCAGAUGUCAAAGACAUCAUGCCGCAAAUCAAACGGCGCAUUCUCGGCGGCGUAGUCAUCGUCUUCUCGGGCGUCCUGCCACUCGGCACAGACACGCAAAACGCCGACAUUUCCCUCUGGGCAAAGAGCUUUGGGGUCACGAUCGCGCAGAAGAUCAACAUGAAAACGACACACCUAGUCGCCGGGCGGAAUCGCACCGCCAAAGUCCGCGAAGCAACCCGCUAUCCACGCAUCAAGAUCGUCACGACGCAAUGGCUCCUCGAAUGUCUCACACAGUGGAAGCGUCUUGACGAGGAGCCAUACCUACUCCCAGUCCACCCCGACGACCGCGGGCUGCCCAUUUCGCCGAGCUCCAAGGAAAUGGCCGAGAGCUCGUGGCUCUCAUCCUCCGAUGAAGCAACUGGCAACGAAUCAUGGACCGACACCGAAGAGACCACCGAGCUCAACGAGGAUAUUCUCAAGUCCUCCGGCCUAACAGAAAUAUCCCCAAUUGGCUACGACCAGGACCAACAAGCCGCCAUCCACGAAGAACUCAAAGAGUUCCUAGGCAGUGACGAUGAUAGCGAAAGCGACAGCGAAGCCUCCUGGGCCAUGGAUCGUGACGAAGUCCCGCCGACAUCGUCCCCCGGUAAGAAGCGCAAGCGAGACGACGACGCCACCGACGAAGAGGAAGCCUCUGGCUCGGAUACCCAGACCGAAGCCGGCGACGUUCCCGGCUCGCGGCUCUCGCAGCGCAUCAAGCGCUCGUACGAGCGGAGCACCGGGUUAAAAGAAGUCGCUACAGCUAGCGGAACGGGGUCUGCAGCAGGUACUGGCACAGGUACAGGUUCACCUUCGAAUUCAGGCACAGAUCGUGAUACACCUGAAGUCUCAUUCGUCGAGACCGAAGAAGAGGCCGCUGCUUCGCGGAAUCCAGAUGCCGCGUAUCCUGAGGAUCCCGUUGAGGACGACGAUGAGCUCGAGCGCGAAAUGAUGGCGGCGUUUGAGGACGGCGGGUUCGAUUCCGCUGCGGAGGAAGAUAUUGGUGCGGAGAAUGGGUAG